AUACACCAGUGUUUUGCCGGCUGUGAUGAAAUAUUGUUAAUUUCAUAUUCCGUUGUCCAAGCUGUCGAAAUCUCUCAAAAUAUUUCGGGGCUGAAAGAAGAAAUUUUAUUGUUGCUUCUAUAUUUUUCGGGAUCUGGAAUACAUCUAUUGUAUUUGAUAAUUCUGCAUUGCACUCCCAGUGGGGGAAUUAAGUGUGUGUCUAUUUUAUAUGAGAAGUCGUGUGUUGGAUCUCAGUGUCUUACAUGUGUUAGUGUUGGUGAUCACACUGUCCUGUCCUACUGGAGGUGCACGCCUGGCAUCUCCCUCUUCCAAUUAGUGAAGCCUUAAUUUGAGCCAACCUAAACACUAGGAUGUGGGACUAUGUGAUUAGUAGCGGGAUGGCGAACAGCAAGAAGCAGGGCAAGAAGUCCAAACUGAAGAAUUUCAAGGCUGACAUAGUAUUUGGAUCAGGAGACUCCAAUAUAAGUCAGCCUUCCUCCGACAUUUCUCUAGACGAGGAACGAGAAGCCCUGCGGCGGGAGACGGUGCGGCAGGCAUUGGAUCAGCUGCAAAAGGCACGGUCCAAACCAGUGGCCUUUGCAGUUCGUACCAAUGUGGCUUACGAGGGUUCACAGGACAUGGAGUGCCCAGCCCAUGGGCAUGCAGUGUCUUUCGGUGUCAAAGAUUUUCUCCACAUAAAAGAGAAAUUCAACAAUGAGUGGUGGAUAGGAAGACAGGUGUUGGAAGGCUGUGAUGUGGGUUUUAUACCCAGCCCUGCCAAGCUGGAAAACCUCAAGGUCCAGCCCAGUAGUAGUGGAGGUCGGCCCACCAAGGUCUACUCCAAUAAAACACCCUCAUCUUCCAAUAUAGAGAGCCUGUUGGGAACAGGCGGGACAGGUACAAACCCUUCGUCUAAUUCUCGUGGUUCCACACCUCCCACACCAGAUGUGGAAAAUGGUAUUGAGAGUACAAUGGGUGAGGACAGCGACAGCGUUGGCAACUCCAAGAUGGGCAAGAGUAGCGUCACACCUCCCUCGAAGGAAAAGAAAAAACCUUUCUUUAAGAAGUCUGAGAGUAUCCCGCCCUAUGAAGUAGUGCCUUCCAUGAGACCCGUGGUGUUGAUAGGGCCCUCACUAAAAGGUUAUGAAGUAACAGACAUGAUGCAGAAAGCCCUGUUUGACUUCCUCAAGCACCGGUUUGAAGGAAGGAUUAUAAUCACACAGGUAGCAGCAGAUAUAUCUCUAGCUAAGCGCCAUCCCUAUAACAAGCCUGGUAACCGGAUGCUUUCACCAAAAACCCCUGGGAUAGGUGAGGUGCAGUUUCAAAUAGAGCGGAUAUUUGACCUGGCGCGGUCACAUCAAUUGGUUGUGCUGGACUGUGACACUAUAAACCAUCCCUCUCAACUCACCAAGACAUCUCUAGCUCCUGUUAUUGUUUAUGUCAAAAUUGCAUCACCAAAGGUACUACAGCGAUUAAUCAAAUCCCGUGGGAAAUCCCAGAGCCGGAAUAUGAAUGUUCAGCUUGUGGCAGCAGAUAAACUAAACCAAUGUAGUCAGGAUAUGUUUGAUGUUGUGCUGGAUGAGAACCAGUUAGAAGAUGCCUGUGAACACCUAGCCGAGUUCCUGGAGGGAUACUGGCGUGCCACACAUCCUCCUAACAACACGCCACAGUCACCACGGCAACAGGGCCCUCCUUCACCCAACCCAUUGUCGCGUCACAACACACUGCCGGCUCACAUGUCUUCUAACAGAGCACACGGUAUGGACCGCAGGGAUUCACCAGACCGCCACCCGCGUGGAAGUCACCAUGAUUCUUAUGAUCAUGGAGGAGGGCGUGAUAGACAUUCUCAUGAUCAUGAUGUCAGCCCAUCACACGACAAACUUCAUCAUGAUCAUGAUCACAGAUCUGCUGACUAUGAUCGAGAUAGUGGUUAUGAAAAGGCUGAUAGGAGAAGGGACUAUGUUGGUCACAGUGAACCACGUGGUCAUAGUUAUGAUCACCGACGGGCAGAUCAUGGGUCCCGCCCAUACGGUCGGGAACGCGACACAAUAGACAGUAAAUACGGAACCUCUCCCAGAAACUCCAAUUAUCAACAACAAAUGAAACAAGCCAGUAUUGACAUCUAGUACACACAGGGGUAGAGUGCUGUCAAAAGUGGCAGGCUCCAACCACUUGGAUACUAACAAAUUGUGUUUCUUCUGUUUGACAUCCCAGUAUGUAGUAUAAAUAUUGAGUGAUAAAUCUAUCAAUGAUAAAAUUGUUUAAUGAGUGCAACUUAUGAUAAUGAUGAUGUUGACCAUGACCUGCAACCUUUGACCCCACACAACCUUUUUUCAGUUGAGAAUUUUUGGUCUUGUUUUCUAAUGUUGUGCAGACAUUGGUUAAUUCUAUAGUGUUAUAGGUGGUGAGGAGGGAGUGCAAGUGUGGUGAUAUUCGUCAUCUGCUGUGUGUCCGCGAAAAAGAAUAAUUUAAUGUUUUGUUACUAUGGUGACGGUUCGCUAAGGAUUGUAAAGGUGAAAGGUGAUAAGACAUGGCAUUUGAUACUUAGCAACCAAAGUUUGUUACUUAGCAACCAGUUUGCCACUUAGCAACAUCAUGGCCCAAUCUAACAUUGGAAAGCCUCCACUAAUUAAAGACCAAGGCAGGAACAUCCUGAGGCUUCAGGAUUUGAAACUUGGAUCUUAAUCUUUUCAGUGUCAUUGAUAGAGUUGUCUCCCUUAAUUGUGUAUAUGAUGGUAGUUACGCUGAUGCCAUUUUACUGCUGACUUUGUGUUUGGUAGCAGGUUACAUCACCUAGUUGAAGCUAGAAAAUGUUACUUAUAAUGUCUUCAAAGCAAAAUAUGUUAGACCUAUUUUCACUAAGGCUGAGACAAAAUAUUUCACCUAGGCUAAUACAGGAUAUGUCGAAUGUGAAAAGUGUUAAUUAAGAGAAAAGAAUGGUUAUCAUUCCACCAAGCACUGAAACUGUCAUUUUUGAAUGACAUUUCCCUCUUUGUGCCAGUGACAUGUUUCAGUCCAUCUUUUCUUUGUGAUGACACAACUUCCUUUGUUAAAGUUAACAAGGUACAUGACUGGAAUAUCCAUUAACAAGAUUUCUAAACCAUGUGCCAAGUGAGUAGCCUGGUGUGAUCCUGUGCCAUUUCCUAUACAAACCUUUGUACAUCUGGAGACAACUCUGUCAGUUAAAAAUUGGUUUAUGAUUAAGUCUUGUUUAAAUCGAGUAAGUUACCUGCUUUUGUACGGUGGGGGAUUCCACUUCAUUGUAGGGGAGCAGAUAUCAGUCUUUUACCCUACUUAAGUCUGUUCCCAUGUUGAUUGUGAAUGCAGGUGUGAUGAAGCCUUAUAUCCCAGCAUAUUAUCAUUCCUAACCUUAGCUUACUGUACCAUAUGGAUAGAUCUUGAAUUUUGAGCAAUAUUUGUUAAUCUUCACCUAUUGGGUCUGACUGAACAUGUGUGUCAGCUGUGUGAUUGUCCAAUAUGAUUGGUCAAAUGCGACAUUUGACCUCUGUUGUGAAAUGGCUUAGCCAUUGUGUUAUUGCUCAACACGUUAUGUUCCUAACACCCUCUACAGUUGUUUGAGUUUGUAACCUGUGUACACUUUCUGGCCCUGUGCAUGCUGACAUUGAAUUGCUUGUACUAACUGACAACACCUGUCUCUCUAUAUAAUUGGUGACUGCAGAAUAAUUUGAUACCCACUGACCUCUGACCCUGCGUGUCUUAUGGGAUUGAAAAUAUUGAUCCUCUUGUAGUGUCUCACAUUCUCCCUGUAACAAAAUCAUCCACAGUUAUCAAAAGUCUUACACAGGGUUUGAAUAGUUGGUCUCCAAAGUGUUUGACACCACAGAUUCAUGUCUCCAAAAUUUUCAACCCAGUAAAGUCAUGGAUGAACUGAAUAUUCUGUCUCCAAAUUGUGCAAUGGUCUCAAAGUAUCAUCUGAUGAGAGCAGAUAACCUGUCAGUUGUUAUAUGGUGUACACUUGACAAAUAUCCCCACCAUCACGUAUAUGUAUUAGCAAUACUUUGUACAGAUAUGUCAGGUGUAGAAUGGACUGGAUUUUAAACACCUUUAGCAGGAUGGAAGUGCAAAAAUACAGAAUAUUUACAACAUCUACUCUCACACUUUAAUGUCGGCAUCUGAAAGCAUUAUUUUCACUUGGGGUAUUUAUGGAAUGUAGAAGAUAUUAUAAUAGAUGAUAUAAUGUUUUAUACCAAUGAAACAUCUCUCAUAUAGAUAACUAAGAUGCCCGCUGUACAGUGUUUCUACCAUGGUUUAUGUGCCUCUCAUAGCAAGACUCAUUUCUAUAUUCUAGACCAUCACACAUUCAUCUUUAUCCCUCUUAACCUUUUCUUUUUAAAAAGAAUUUCUUCAUUUUGAUGUUAAUACCAUCAUUGAACAAGCCGCCUCCACGCCACAUUGUUAGAACAUGGCUUGUUCUUCUGCCACUUCUAUUGUCUAGUCACUUGGUAGAAAAUUUGUCAAAAGUCCACGGUCAAAAUAAACAAUUGUGUCUAAUGAAAUUCCAAGUAUUGUCCAAAAGACAGACCAGGAAUUGAUUGAUAAAAGAAAUAACAAUAGACAGAUGUUUAUUUUUUCCACAACUUUGCUUUAUGAAUACAGAUUGUAAAUACUGUGAAAAAAGUGCAUUUGUGGAAUGUGGAUACAUAUAGUUGGUGUAACCCUGUCAUCCCCUUUCACCAAAGUAGACUAGCUUUGGGAAAUCCUAUUAUUGUUUGGUAGGGAUGAAGGGGUCACAACCAUUAUAUUUGACUUUUUUUUUUUUUUUUUAAGAUUUACACAUCCUUCAUUUCACACAGAAAGAAAACUGUUCCCAAGCUCCUUUUUUUCCUUAACAAAAUCUAAUCAUGUUCCAGAUUUUUUUUCCAAGUUUGUAUACUAAAUGAGAAAAUCAAAAAAAAUAAGUCACAUGUUUGCUCUAGUGGGAUUAAAAUAUUGAUUCCAUGUUAUUUUAGUGUGACAUAGACCUUUCUAUAUAUUCACAGUUCUUAUCACCAAUCAACACAUUUCCAUUCUUUGUAGCCUAGCAACCACUUUUAUCUAUGGAAUGUGUCUUCCAUUACAAUUUAACUGAAUAUGUGGGCAGCCAUUUUAAUUAAUGGGGUAGAGGCUGCGAUCUCUAGGAAUCUAUACAAUCUAGUGAUACAGCAAUUUUCACAUCGUAAAAUGGUUGACAUAUCAUUGUCCUAUUUACAUGAAUGUUCAGCCAUUUUGUUACUUUUGAGUAAAAAAAAUCGUAAUCAAUGUAUACAGGAUUCAUACCAUGUGUUCAUGGCCAAAUGAAUAUGUAAACAGGACCUUUGACCCAGGGCCCACAAAGUCUAGUCAACCUCGGGAAAGAAGGAAUUGAACCUUACACCUCUUAGGGAUAGAAAUACAGGUCCAAAGGCAACUCAUAAUGUUUCAAAACAUAGUGGGGAAAAGAUAUAUUUACACCAGAUAAGAAAUAUUUCACAUUUUUUGUGAAUUGGAAAUUAAUAUUUUUUCAACGACAGCUUUGUUUCUGAUGAUCAGGAAUGGAAUGAUUAUUUCUAAGACUACCAUCGUAGUUUGUUGACAGAAUUACUUACUAUUGUUGCAACACCAAAAUAUUUCAACUCACUGCAGUCAAAGGGAAGUAACUCAAAUUUGUAACAGUUACACUGAAGAGAGACUGUGGGUCUGAAAAAUGAGUAGAUUUUUUUGAAGGUUAAGCUUUAGGUUUACAUAGGUAUUUACUUUUUCCUGUCUCCUGGAUAUUCUCCACUCACUUUCAUUUUCAAUAUAUAUUACAUGGAGUGAUUUUAGAGCAUAAAAAAAUUGAUGUAUUUUGAUCAGUUGACGUUUUUGAUAAUUCAAUAGCAAAAAAAUAAUUAGGUCAUUUAAUCCAAUUUCAAGCUAGUAUUUUGCAAUGAAAUUUAAAAUAAAUCAAUUUCAAAUAUUUAUAGAUAUAUGUCCCCAAAAAUUCUAUUACUCAUAUUGAUGGAUCACUUCCCCACUUAUUAGUUUAUAAUCAAAUCUGUCUUGAAUCUGUAAGUGUUAAGAUCUAAAUAUCUUUAUGGAUGAUAUAAAACUCGGGACAAGCUAUUUUUGAAAGCACAUAUUUUGUGAGAAGACAAUAUAUAUCUUUUAAAUACUUUUAAGAAAUCAUUUUGUUUUAUAGCUACAUGAAGUGAAUAAGUUUAAAAAAAAAAAAAAAAAAACCAGUCUGUUUGGUUUGAUAUGGUUUUCCUUUACAGGUGCAAAUUAUCCUGUGAAGGACAGAGUGUACUGAUUUAAGGGUAUUAAGUGGAUAUCAUUUUGUUACCUUGAUUAGCUGUGGCUGGCCAUAAGCUGUGAUCUUCUGUAAUAGGUUUAGUUAAUAUAUGUCAUGUGCACUAUAAUAGUGAUUUUAUCAUAUUUUUCUUUCUCAAAGUAAAUGUGUUGGGAGAGUCUCAUAUUUUAUACGGAUGUUAUGUUGCAGUGAUCUUAUUUUAGUAACCAAUUCAUGUAUACCACGUUUACAAUAGAAUUUUUAUGUAUCAAUGUAUUGAAUUGGGUUAGAGCUAAAAUCUCAAAAUCAUUGUUUUUUGGUAAAACAUGUAAAUGAAAUAUCAGGUCCACUUUAAGGUGCAAUAUGAAAAGCACUCAUUAAUGAAGUAUGUUGGACUUGCUGACAGUGUCUAGAACUGUUCACUUGACAUAUUGAUGAAAACACAAUGCUGGCCGUAUGUCUGUCAGUUGGACCUUACGAUGAACACAAGCUGUCAGCCAGAUGUCCACACAAUGCUGGCCAUGUCUGUCAGUUGGACCUUAUGAUGGAUACAAGAUGUCCACACAAGGCUGGCCAUAUGUCUGUUAGUUGGACCUUAUGAUGAACACAAGAUGUCAGCUAGAUGUCCACACAAUGCUGGCCAUGUCUGUCAGUUGGACCUUAUGAUGGAUACAAGAUGUCCACACAAGGCUGGCCAUAUGUCUGUUAGUUGGACCUUAUGAUGAACACAAGAUGUCAGCUAGAUGUCCACACAAGGCUGGCCAUAUGUCUGUCAGUUGGACCUUAUGAUGAACACAAGAUGUCAGCUAGAUGUCCACACAAUGCUGGCCAUGUCUGUCAGUUGGACCUUAUGAUGGAUACAAGAUGUCCACACAAUGCUGGCCAUAUGUCUGUCAGUUGGACCUUAUGAUGAACACAAGAUGUCAGCUAGAUGUCCACACAAGGCUGGCCAUAUGUCUGUCAGUUGGACCUUAUGAUGGAUACAAGAUGUCAUCCAGAUGUCCACACAAUGCUGGCCAUAUAUCUGUCAGUUGGACCUUAUGAUGGAUACAAGAUGUCAUCCAGAUGUCCACACAAUGCUGGCCAUAUAUCUGUCAGUUGGACCUUAUGAUGAACACAAGAUAUCAGCCAGAUGUCCAGCAGGUUGACAUGCUGAUGAACACAAAAUGUUGAUCAUGUGUGUAUUGAAGAGGUAGGGUCAGGAAGGUGUUGAUCAAAAUGACAGUCCCGGGGUAUGUCAGAUUGAUACUGGGAGAGGCGUCAAGUAUCUGAAGUGGCUUUUUUUUUUUUUACAAGAAACAUACAUUUACUACUACUUCUGAAUUUAAAAGCAUAUAAAGUUUUAUCAAUUUUUUAACAAAGUUACUGAUUUUUGAAAGAUUUGAUCUGAUUUCAUCUAUAUUUAUUCAAUCUUAUAUCUCUCCCUUUCAUCCCACCUGGUUCAAACAUCAAUGCAAGUCAUUGUGUUAGAAGCAACAAGAAACGAUGCUCUUGUUAUGUCCUUUGAUGAGGUUAGGAGCACAUGAUCGGCUGAUAAAUUUCCAUUUUGCUCAUGAUUAUUGAUUACUGUAAACGUGGAUCUUCCAUAAUAUCCUCAAAAGGGGAUAUUUGGUUGUUGUGGUUACAUGUAUGCAGAAUCUCUUGUGCUGUGUUCCAAGAAACAGAAUCUCAUACACUUUGUUUCAUCACACCUCUUUACUCGUGUCAAAUACAAAUUUGGCACACUUUUUACACAAUUCAUUCACCUUUUUGAGAUUUAUUAUACUAGUUUAAUGGGAAGAGGAUAAACCUAUUUAUUAUUAUGACAUUUAUUUGAGAUUUUUAUGUUACAAUAUUGAACACUUUCUGUGUGUUGACAUAAGGACAAGAUAUGUGAUUAAAUAUGAUAAUAAAUCUGUUAGUCUUUCGCAAAUGGUAUUUAGCUAUACACUUGAUGGUGAGAACCUAAAAAGUUAGCACCCAUUGAUCAACUCUUGCUGUGAAUAUUUGUUUCUGUUAUUUAAUUCUGCAUGUUAAUCAUCUUGUCGAUAAGUUAUACUAAGUUAUGAAUGAGAUGUGAUUGUACAUGCACGCGUAAAAGACUUGUACCAUUAUAUGUUACUAAAUGUUGGAGGAGGAGAAUAUGUGUCCUCCAAAAUUUUUUUUUUAUUUUAUCAAAAUCUGAAAUUUUAUUGGCAUUUACACGUUUUAUUUCAAAGAUAUGAUUAAUGAUUAAGAAUUAGAUUAUUUUGUUGAAUAGAAUAAGAAAAUUUAGUGAUAAUAAAUUUGGUUGAUUUUGUACAAAUUUGUUAAAUUUCAAAAUUUUACAGAUUACUGUUGAUGUCAAUCACAUCUUCUUGCUGAUAUCAACUACAAAGAUUUUGGUUGUGUGUAAAUAUAAGUAUAUACAGAUUUGGCUCUACUUUUAGUGUUGGAGUCAUGUAAGAUCUCUCUUGACAUCAGUCAGACAUUUGGAGAGUUUGGUCUUUUAGGCAAUUCUCCCACAGCUGGUAUGUUUAGUCUACAUACAAGAGAAUGAAUGGUAUUAACCCCCUAUGUUUUACAAGCUGUUUGCAUGUGAUAAAUGUUGAUUCUGCACGCCGUGUUUCAUUUUGAAUUUAAGAGCCAUCCAACACUGCCACCUUGGCGGUCACCUAAGCUAGCUAUUGGACACACCUUUGGUCUCUUCCGUCAUUGACAGGUUCAUGUCUGUUGAAAUCACAGACUCUAGUCCUGAUAGUGGCUCCAGCCACCAUCAGGGAUCUAAAUUCUUUUAAUGAAAUUUCCCUCAAAUUGACGUACUAAUGGUGUCUAUUUGGUGUUAUGCCAUUACAUGGUAGAGUCAUUUAGAACAGAUCAGAAUAUCAUUGAUUAUGUGUAACCAAAAAUAGGCUAAUCAUCAAUUAAAUACUGACCUAUUCUGAUUGACCAUGCCACAUCAUGGUAGGCAACAAUAUAUCCUCAUUUCUUCAGCUGUUAAUAUGACUUCUCUGUUUCCUCAUCGCCAGACCAUCAUGUGUUCGCUACUUGGCAGACUAGCCGACAGUGGUAAGUCGUAACUACAGUAAUUAUACAAAUUAUUCAUAACUGUGUUGUUUUGACAGAGGUGAAAGUAUCUGUCAUUUUUUUUCCACUUGUACAAUUUUCACUAUAAUAACAAUAAUAAUCUACCUUGUUGGAUUUGUAAAUAAACCGGAUUUUUAUCUCCAUUCUGA